AAUAAGAAGCGAGCGAUGGCCGGCAGCGAACCGCAUCUCAUUGAGCUCGUCGCUCAGCCGCCGCCGCCUGCGCCUGUGACGCCGAUGGGUUCUGCCGCUCCGCCACCGGCAGCUCCGGCUCCGACCAAGUACUUCUGGGGCGACGAGCCCGGGGAGGAGGAGUAUUACUUGUCGCAGGGCGUCCAGAAUCAGCAGAUCUACUUCCAGAGCCCCCAUGGCCGCCUCUUCACCCAGUCCUUCCUCCCCGUCGAUCCCGCCACCGGAGAUCUCCUUCCUGUCAAGGCCCUCGUCUUCAUGACUCAUGGAUAUGGAUCCGAUUCCGGCUGGCUCUUCCAGAAGGUCGCUAUCGCGUAUGCCAACUGGGGCUACGCCGUCUACUGCGCCGAUCUCCUCGGUCACGGCCGAUCCGACGGCGUCCGCUGCUAUCUUGGCAACAUGGAGGCCGUUGCUGCCGCUUCCCUCUCUUUCUUCCUCUCUGUCAGGCAGGAAUCCUCCCAUCUGCCGGCGUUCCUUUUCGGGGAGUCCAUGGGCGGCGCCGCCACGCUCCUCAUGUACUUGCGAUCUCCUGAUCGGAGCACAUGGACUGGGCUUAUCUUCUCCGCCCCUCUAUUCGUCAUCCCUGACGACAUGAAGCCCUCCCGCAUCCACCUCUUCCUCUACGGGCUUCUCUUCGGGCUCGCCGACACGUGGGCCGCCAUGCCCGACAACAAGAUGGUGGGCAAAGCCAUCAAAGACCGCGACCGCCUCCGCGUCAUCGCCUCCAAUCCCCGCCGUUAUACCGGACGCCCCCGCGUGGGCACUAUGAGGGAGCUCGCCCGUCUCUGCGAGUACUUCAAGACCCAAUUCCCCGAUGUCACUGCCCCCUUCCUCACCGUCCACGGCACAGACGACGGCGUCGCCUCGCCGGAGGGGUCCAAGAUGUUCUACGAGAAGACAGCCAGCGCCGACAAGAAGCUCAUCCUCUACGAGGGCAUGUACCACUCCCUGAUCCAGGGCGAGCCGGAGGAGAACAGCAGUCGGGUCCUGGCCGACAUGAGGACUUGGAUCGACGAGCGCGUGGAACGGUACGCCGCUGCCGUUAACGGGAACUCCGGCGACGAGGAGAGGAAGCGGUGAAUCAACAAAACGAGGCGAACUAGUCGCCAUGAAUGUGCUGAAAGCGCAACAUGCUGCAUUCGAUUCGGGUUUUCUUUUUUUUUGCUUUGAUUUUCAUAAAUUACAUGAUGACCAAUGAGAAUUCAUAUUUGAUUGGCAUUAUGAUUCC